UUCCAUGUCUGCUUUGGGAUGUUCUCCUGGACGUACUGGAAGUCCAUAUUCACCUCUCCUGCCACACCAUGCAAAAAGUUCCAGCUGUCCUACUCAGACAAGCAGCGGUACGAGAUGGAGGAGAGACCAGACGCUCAGAAGCAAAUCCUCGUGGAGAUCGCAAGGAAACUGCCCAUUUUCACCCGAACCCAAUCUGGAGCUAUCAGGUUCUGUGACCGCUGCCAGGUACUGAAGCCUGACCGCUGUCACCACUGCUCUUGUGUCUUAAAGAUGGACCAUCACUGUCCCUGGGUGAACAACUGUGUUGGUUCCAACUACAAAUUUUUCCUACUUUUCCUCGCAUACUCGAUGCUGUACUGUGUAUUCAUCACAGCAACAGUCCUUCAGUAUUUUCUCAAAUUCUGGGUGGGGGACCUACCAAAUGGACCUGCCAAGUUCCAUAUCCUCUUCCUCAUGUUUGUUGCACUCAUGUUCUUUGUCAGUCUCAUGUUUCUCUUCAGUUACCUGUGGUUAGUGGCCAAGAACAGAUCCACUUUAGAGGCCUUCUCAGCUCCAGUAUUUGUCAGUGGACCUGACAGAAACGGGUUCAGUCUUGGUCUACACAAAAACCUGCUGCAAGUGUUUGGAGAAGACCGCAAAACUGUGGUUCAUCCCCGGUUUUCACAAGGUAAUUACUGA